AUGUUAUUAUUAUUUUGUUUGUUUUGUCGUAAAAACGAAAAAACCCCAAAUAAUAAUUUACUUAUACUCGAAUUUAUCUACAAUCGUUACAAUAGAUCCAAGAUGACACAGAAGAGACGUAAUCACGGUAGAGCCAAGCACGGUCGUGGAUCUGUCAGAGCCAUCCGUUGCACCAACUGUGCUCGUUGCACCCCAAAGGACAAGGCUGUAAAGAGAUUCUACAUCCGUCCAAUCGUUGAGAAUGCUGCCGUUAAGGAUAUUUCCGACCAAGGUGUCUUCACUGCUGCCAAGUACAAAUUCCCAAAGACUUACUUGAAGUCCCAAUACUGUAUCUCCUGUGCCAUUCACUCUCACAUCGUACGUGUCCGUUCCGUCCAAGACCGUAAGAUCCGUGUUAUCCCACGUCCACAAAGACCAGGUCAAAACAAGACCGUCCAAGUCAAGAAGGACUAA